AUGGAUUCAAAGAAGGAAACUACCGCCAGGUUCAUUUUGAAAUUUGAAAUGAACCCGGAUUAUAAUGCCAGAUUUGCUGCGGUUGUACAGUCUUUAAUGACUGCACACGCUGGAGUAUGUCCGCUUCCCUUGCCUUUCAUCGGCAAUGUGCAUCAACUCGCUUACAAACUGUUCAUCAAAAAGAAGAAUUUUGUCGAAGCUGUUCGGGACUGGGUUGAGGAAUACGGUCCUGUCCAUACCUUCUGGUUUGGGCCCAUGGCGACCGUGAACAUCUGCGACUACUCCACAGCCGUUGGAUGCUAUGAUGGGCGUGGAAUCAUCGUCACGAAUGGACCGCCUUGGUUGGAGCAACGCCGUUUUGCAUUGCACACUCUUCGGAACUUCGGUCUGGGGAGGAAUAUCAUUGAGGAGAGGAUCAUGUACGAAUUCGAAAUUGCGUGA